CCCCGCCCGCCCGCCCGCCCUUCCGCUCUUUCUCUCAACAGACAGAGGCACACUCUCUCCCCGAGCGACCCAGCCAAGGCCUGCGUUGCGAGUAGUCCUGAAGCCCGGGCCUGGCCCGGACGCUGCCUAGUCCUGCAUGUCUUUGCUGCCUUCCGCCCCGCAUCCGCCGCCGCCGCCGCCGCCUCCUCGAAGGACGCCCCGGGGGCUGGAUGCAGACUAACAGGGAUGCCAAAGGAAAAAUAUGAUCCUCCAGAUCCUCGCAGAAUUUACACCAUCAUGUCAGCAGAGGAGGUAGCCAAUGGGAAGAAGUCCCAUUGGGCAGAAUUGGAAAUCUCGGGUAGAGUGCGGAGCUUAAGUACAUCACUUUGGUCACUAACGCACUUGACUGCUCUCCACCUCAAUGACAACUAUCUGACUCGCAUUCCGCCUGACAUCGCCAAGCUUCAAAAUCUAGUUUACCUGGAUCUCUCAUCCAACAAACUCAGAAGUUUACCAGCAGAACUAGGAAACAUGGUAUCUCUCAGGGAGUUGCUUUUAAACAACAAUUUGUUACGAGUUUUGCCUUACGAACUUGGACGGCUCUUCCAGCUACAGACACUAGGUUUGAAAGGCAAUCCUUUAUCACAAGAUAUUCUCAGCCUGUACCAGGACCCAGAUGGGACACGGAAAUUAUUGAAUUAUAUGCUUGACAAUCUAGCAGUUCAUCCAGAACAGUUGCCUCCAAGGCCAUGGAUCACGUUAAAAGAACGAGACCAAAUUUUGCCCUCAGCUUCAUUUACCGUCAUGUGCUACAAUGUGUUGUGUGAUAAAUAUGCCACCCGACAGCUCUACGGCUACUGCCCAUCCUGGGCAUUAAAUUGGGAAUACAGAAAAAAGGGAAUCAUGGAAGAAAUUGUGAACUGGGAUGCAGAUAUCAUUAGUCUUCAGGAAGUAGAAACUGAGCAAUACUUCACCCUCUUUCUGCCAGCAUUAAAAGAGCGUGGAUAUGAUGGAUUUUUUUCUCCAAAGUCACGUGCCAAAAUCAUGUCUGAGCAGGAGCGAAAACAUGUGGAUGGUUGUGCAGUAUUCUUCAAAACGGAAAAAUUCACAUUGGUGCAGAAACAUACAGUAGAGUUCAACCAAGUGGCUAUGGCAAACUCUGAAGGAUCAGAAGCUAUGCUGAACAGAGUGAUGACAAAGGACAACAUUGGAGUUGCUGUAGUGUUAGAGGUGCAUAAAGAACUAUUUGGGACAGGUUUGAAGCCACUUCAUACAGUGGACAACCAACUCCUUAUUGUAGCAAAUGCCCAUAUGCAUUGGGACCCUGAAUAUUCUGAUGUAAAACUUGUCCAGACGAUGAUGUUUGUCUCUGAGCUAAAAAACAUUCUUGAGAAAGCCUCUGGCAGGCCUGGAAGCCCAAUAGCAGAUAUGAAUUCCAUCCCUCUGGUGCUGUGUGCGGAUCUUAACUCGUUGCCUGAUUCAGGUGUUGUGGAAUACUUAAGUAAUGGAAUAGUAGCUGAUAACCAUAAAGACUUCAAGGAGUUACGGUAUAAUGAAUGUCUCAUGAACUUCAGCGGCAAUGGAAAGAAUGGGGCUUCUGAGGGGAGAAUCACUCACGGCUUCCAACUCAAGAGCGCCUAUGAAAACAAUUUGAUGCCUUAUACUAAUUACACCUUUGAUUUCAAAGGUGUGAUUGACUACAUUUUUUAUUCCAACACUCAUAUGAACGUGCUUGGUGUCCUGGGGCCUUUGGAUCCUCAGUGGCUGGUUGAGAACAACAUCACUGGGUGCCCCCAUCCUCACAUCCCUUCAGACCACUUUUCACUGUUGACACAGCUCGAGCUCCACCCUCCAUUCCUGCCUCCUCUCAAUGGCAUUCACUUGCCUGCCAGGAGGUAGUGGAGCCCUGCCCCUUUGGAGGGCUGGGACCUGUUCAUUUGUUUAUGGACCUGUACAGUUGUAAAUCAAAGUAUGUAGGAGUGAAGUAUGGCCAACCUUUUAAAAGCUGCUGCUUCAAGCUCCUUUCAUUAUGUGUGUUGAUGAUACGAUUUUGCACAUUUUUGGUGCAUAUUGGUACCAUUUGGCACUAGGGCUGGAACCAAAGUUGUUGUUUGUUCCCUUUUCCAGUUUUUUUAAUAUGCACAUUUACACAUGCAUUUUAAACUGGCAAGCUUUAUUGGUUUCAUAGAAAAGCUGCCUUUAUAAACAGACAAAUCAGAUGGGAGGGUUUGCAUAUAUGUAUACAUUCAUUGCUAGUGCUUUCUUUACAUCUUUAGUAAAAAGAGCCAUGCCUCCUUCUCCCUAUUCAUUGUCAUUUUUAAGUACCCUGAUACAAUUGUUGUGAAACAUUUAAAAUUGGAAAUGGCACUUACUGCUUUUGUAAAUUAUUCACAGGACAGACCGCUUUCACUUCUUCUACCACCUACACCAAAAUUGGUGCAAUAGAUAAGAUUUUCUGACAGAAAAAAACGAUGCUGCUCCAGUAGAGACUUCCCCAUUAACAUUUUUUUGUGUGUAGGGUCAUCCCACCAGAGUUUAUUGCUUCCUAGAACCACCAUUUCAAAUGAGUAAGAGUUUGUAUCCUGAAAAAAUUCAUGAAAGCAAAUAGAAUUUGCAUGUGGCAGGACAGUUUUUACUACUCAUUGCUCUCCAGAACUACAAUUAUUUCUGUGGAAGUUACUAGUUAUUCUGUAGUUGUCAGUGGGUAAGCUCCAGCUCUCCUUUUGGCGUCUAUUGUUGAUUGCAGUCAUGGUGUUUUCUCAGAGAGAACACUAUAGCAGUAGUCUUUCUGGUAAAGCUCUGCAAACUGUCUGCAUUAUGAAUGGGAUCAGUUUUUACAAGACCCAGCAAAUAAGCAUUGGUGAUCUUGGCAAACCACUCAGCAGAAGAGAAAAUAAUGGGGGAGGAACUGAGUUGGAAACUGGAACAGUGAAUUGUGCACUUAAAAUCAAUGGCAAGAAUUCUUCUGUUCAAUUUUCACCAUGUUCCAACCCCAUUCCACAUGUCCCUCACUUUUUUUCUUUUUCUUUUGAAACACAGUCCUUCAUUUCUCUAUCUCUAGCAAGACUUCAGAAUUAUUCAGCCCAUUUUUGGGAGUGAAGAUAGAGACACAACUUGCUUCUGCCUCCUCCAUGCACAAGAAGUGAGUUUUCUGGGUGCACUUUUUUCUUCUUCAUGAUGAUGAAAAAGUGUUUGCCAUAAUCAUUCCUCAGCUGAAUUUUUUUUUUCCUGACCCUAGUCGCCAAAUAGCCAUCUCACACUUUUAAUGAUGGUUUUGUUUUGUUUUCCUAUCAAGAUUGGAUCUUUUAAAGCUAUUGUUUCAUUCCCAACCAUUAAUUGCUCUCUCUAAGAUGAUGUGCUUGGAAACUUUUCUAUUUCCGAGCUCCUUGCAGCCAUUUUAAAAUCUUUGUGCAUCCCGAAAGUGGAAGAACUCCUAAUGGCAUCUCGAUAGCAGUUUGUGGCUGCAGUCUGAACUGGGCAGCUGCUGAGUAGCCUCUGUUCAUCGUGGUUGGGCUUGGGCACAAUUUAAUCCGUUGUCCAUUAAUAUAAAUUGAGGUUGUUUAAUGGCAGUCUUUUAGUGGAUUGAGCCAUGCUUUAUGUUUCAAAGAACAACAAAGGCAAAGUGAUAAGGAGAGAUGUUUUAAGUUUUUCCUGUAUUCUGCUUCUUUGCUGCUAUAUAAGAUUCCUUGAGCUUAUAUUUUAAACUUUUCAUGCACUUUACUGUUUCUAGUCUCAAAAUGUGAUAUUUUUAAUAAAUGAGAAUUGUUUUCAUUAUGUGAAUGAAAAUUUUUAAAGAGCCUAUAUUUGUCUCAUUCGUACACUUAAAAAUUAAAAUAAAAAGAGUAAAACAAUUAAAUUAGUUUUAAAUCCUAAGGCACAAUCUGUUGUAUAAUAUGUAUGCCCAAAACUGUCUCCCCUCCUUACCCAUUUGCUAGCUAUGUAUAAAAUGACAACGAAAAUUUUGAAUCAGGCUAAAGUAGGAAAUACUCUCCCUUUUGUUUAGGUGGGGAUUGGGUGGGGAGGAACCAGUUGCAUCAGGGAAGAUUAGAAUUUGCUUUCAAAAGUAUCUACAGCUAGAGAGGCUUUUGCUUGCCAUCAGUUGAAACUGGUUGCAUAGUGUGUUAAAAAAAUUCAGGAUCAAAGUGAACACAGGGCUGCUGCUGAAAAUGACACCAUUUUUCUGUCUGUAGUGGAAAGAUUCCCACAUCCAUCAUUUCGUUCUGUGUUUUCCCACUCCUUAUUCCAUAUCAUUAGCUUCCUUUGGCAGGGGAGAAGAAAUGCUCAAUAUUAUGACAUCAACAUAUGGAGCACACCUGAUGUUGAGCUUCCAUUUUCAAGAGCAGCUCCUUGUUUCUUAUAAUGUCAUUCUGUUCAAAGUGCAAAACAGUUUAAGAAGCAUGAUAAGAAUGAAGAUAACAUUCCCCUCCCCUCCUGUAAUACUGGUGCAAGUAUCUCUUCUUAUAUACCUCAAAAGUGGUAUCAGUGAUGGGGAAAAGUUACUUUGGAGAUCUACAGCUCCCAGAAUUCUCCAUCUAGCAUAGUCACUGGCCAUUCUAGCCAAGGGAUUCCAAGAGUUUCAGUCUUCAUAGUAACUUUUCCUAAACUGAAUGUUACAUACAUGGCCGUGUAUAUAUAAAUUGACAGCGCAAUUACGAUAUAGUACUGGAAAGUAGAAUCGCAUGAAAAACUUAAUUGUGUGGACAUUCACCUUUUCAGUUUGUUUUUGUGGGGACAAAACCUACUAGGAUGUUCUCCAGACCCAGCCCUACUGAAAUUAAUGAGAACUACCAAUUCUUGUUCCUUUCAGUUGGGCUUGGAUAGAGGAAGAUCCUCCUGGAUUGUGUUCCAAGUCAUCUACUGUAUUUUCACUUUGGAGGCAUUAAAAAAAUCUUUCCUACUCUGGAGGUAUGCACUAACAAACUGUCCUCCUCAUAUGUGCAUGUUAACUAGCAAUGUGAGCAAUAUUUCCUACCAUACUUCACUCCCAACUAUUUUUUGAGAUGUUUGUAUAAAAUGGAGUUUAAAAAUUCGCCUGUGAUUGUAUAUGAACUGCAGAGGAGCCGGUUUAUUAAAUAAUACAAAAACACGCAA